GUAAAAUCUUUUUAUUUUGUUAGUUCUUUCGCCAUUACUGCUACUGCUUCCCAUAUGGUUUCGUAAAUAAAAUAAAUGACUGUCAGGUUUGCUCACUUCUUCUGUAGGGAAAGGAUCCCUCUACCCAUCUCUUUUGUCAAGAACCAUUCUGCCGUGAAAAGCAGUUACUACUGACAGAAAGUCAGUAGAAUAACUUUAUUAAAAGGAAAAGAAGCUGUAUCUGUUAUUAAGCUGAAAGAACCUGUCGUGGAUCACGUUUUAAGAAAUUUUCAUCAUGGCAAAACUUGCGUCGCCGAAAGGGGCAUCUGUUUUAUCUCACCUUAAUCAAGAUGAACAGAAAAACAAAGACCAAAAAGCACUAAAAGCCAAAGAAGCAACUGUUCAUGAGGAGGACUCUGAAUCCGAUUCUGAUGAAGCGCCCGAAGAGGUUUCUGUCAAAAGUAGCUCUGUAGAAGCAAAGGAGAAGCUGAAACAACUCCACGAACACGAGAGAAGAAUACGACAAAAUGAGAAGGAAAAACGUAGACUUGCUAACGAAAGGAAUCGCGAACGAAACGUAACUUUACAAGAAGCGAAAAAACUGGAUCUAUCUAUUCUAGAGGAUGCUGCCAAGGAAGAAGAAGCAAGACAACAGGAAGGAGAAGAGUGGGGCGAUGAUGAUAGGGAAAGUUUGGUAUCUGUCCCAACGAACAAAAAAAUUUUGUUUCCAACCGAGGAGGCUCCUCCUAAGAAGCGUAAAAACAAAUUUGUUGUAAAGAAGGGCGAUUUCAAAGUCUCGGUAUUGGAUUCCUCAAACAAAGAUGAUUUAGCUCCUGGAUCAGAUACAAGAUUAUCUCAAAAGAAACGAUCUUGGCUUCAACGCCAAGUCGUUCCUCGUCAAAAUAAACGCCGCAAACCUCUUACUGCUGGCUCUUUGUAGACGAAUUCUUUUUUUCGAGUUUCAGUUUGUCCAGCUAUAAAAGACAUCUGUUGGUGAUCUUUAUCCACGUACUCUACGCACAAGUGCUCCCAUAAAGAAAGGAGAGCUUGUUAGCUAAAAAAAAGAAAAAGAAAGAAGGACUGGUUUUUGGUUAAAAAAGAAUAUUACGACUACUAUGGCUCUUAAUUACUAAUUUAUUUUUUGGAUAGUUUCUUCUUUAUUAAUCUUUGUGUCUGUACUGUAAGCAACAAGAAUAAAUUUUGCAUUCUUUGUAGGUA